AGGUGGGACCAUGUGUCAUUGCAUUCACCUGCGACAUGGUUAAAGCAGAAGCAGAUCAACUUUCAAGUACCUGUUAUGGGCUUCAAGAAAAGUUCGAACACGGAUCCCAUGAGUACCAAGAGUUGAAUUCGUUUAGUCGUUACAUAGUUAAUGUUGGGAUCCGUUUUACGGCUGCAGAUUUUUUCGAAAUUAAACGAUCAAUUCUAUUAUCUGUUAUCGCAACUUCGACGACCUAUUUUAUAGCAUUAGUACAGUUUUAUUAGGAGAAAAAUUUGCCUCCAUAGUCUUCAACAUACUUUCCAGAAGCACAAUAUUUAUCUUAUGAAUGCAAAUGGCUUUUCUCUACGAUGUACAAAAGUGUUUGAGAUUUAAUUAGUACCAAAUUUAAUACAUCAGCCGACCAAGUAGAGGAAACAGACUUAGGUACUUGAUUCUACAUUAUUAAUAGUGAUAGUAUCAAUGAAAACUAAAUCUGAUAAGUUUUUUUUUCGAAAAUACUUUAUUUCAAUUUUAAUUAAUACAAUAAAUUUCUUAUUUGUAAUCCUUCAAACAGUGUUUAUAACACUGGUAUCAAGGAUACUAACUAGUACAGCUGUAC